UCUGUGCAGAAUCUGUGACAAUCACGAUAUUAUUCAUGCCUAAUUCAUUGUAUGUUAUCGAUGAUUAGUUAAUACUUUUCUAUUGUGUGUUGUAUUGUAAACAUAUUCACAGCCAUAGGUUUAACUGAAUGAUGUUUUUCAAAUGGUUCUCUUUAUUGGCAACCUUAUCUACAGUGGUGGUGGUAGACGCAAACUUGUUCACCUCAGUCCACGAAAUGGAAAAUCUGGCACAUUACGAGCAGAGGCUUUUGGAACAUUUACAAUCCUAUUUACUCGAGCAGCAAAUGAAACUGGAUUUUAUAACUCAGAAGUAUGAUGAGCUGUCCAAUAGAAGAGUGGACAAUACUCCUCAAAACAACCUUGGCAACCCCAUAACAGCCUUUGCACUGGUCAAAAGACUUGUCAGAGACUGGCCUCUUGUUCUGAACAUCUUGGUGGAAAAUUAUGUUCUACCCAAUCACCUUAUGCAUCUGCCCAGAGAAAAGGAGUUGCAGAGUGCCCUGCGGGGACUUGCCAGGCUGAAGGAUGUGUACAACUUAAGUGCUGCUCAACUAGCCAACGGUAUUAUAGGAGACUUCCAGGACAAAACUAUUAUGACAGCAUCUGACUGCUACGAUAUGGGCAAGUAUUCAUACAAACAUAUGGAUUUUCAUACCUCAAUAUCAUGGUUCAAUGAAGCAACAAAGAAAAUACAGAAUGGGGAUAAAACAAUUCAACAGGAUAAGGUUUUAGCACAUAUAUUCUUGGCUUCAACAUUUGCUGGAUGUCUCGUGCCACGUCAGACUAAUAGUAACCAACUGCUGCAACAGUUGUUGUCAGAAUUUCCUAACUUCACACUCAAUCACGACUUCAGCCACGACUACAGUGAAGCCUUGAUCAAGAACUGCAGUUGGAUCAGAGAGAUGAAAAAAAAACAUUUUAGUGGAGAUGAUGAAAAAUAUGACAUGAUCUAUAGCAAGUUGUGUCUCGGGGAUUUCAACACCACAACGUCAAGAUUAAGAUGCUAUUACGUCCACUACGGCAAUCCUCGUCUUCUUAUAGCACCUUUCAAGCUGGAAGAAAUUCACUUGGACCCUCCACUCAUUGUCUUCCAUGAUGUUAUCUCUGACCAGGAAAUAGAAAAGAUGAAAAGCAACUUCCAUAAAAAUUGGAGGCAUUGUAUGAUAAUAAAUAACAACACCUCGGCUCUCUCUACUGACCGAACCUGCGAGGUGGCAUGGGUCACUGACAAGGACCCAACAUCUGCACGCCUGUCCCGCAGAGUGCGCGACAUGACAGAUCUCUCCAUAGACACCAGCGAGGAGAACCAAGUCGCCUACUACGGUCUCGGCGGCGAGUUCAAGAUGCACGUGGACUACAUAGCAAACGAAUCCCUUUCAGAAGUUAACCACGAAGGCAACAGAUUAGCCACUCUCAUGUUCUAUCUCAAGGAUGUGGAGAGUGGAGGUUACACAGUGUUCCCGGUCCUGCACAAGGCUGUUAUUCCACGAAAGGGCACUGCCUUGUUCUGGUUCAACCUUAAUGACCAAGGGAAAGGCUUAAUCAAGAUGCUACAUGGUGGCUGUCCUGUGCUACAGGGUACAAAGUUGGUUUUAAAUAAAUGGAUUCAUGAGGGCAACCAAGACUUCGAGAAACAGUGUCCUUCAGAUAGGAACUUUCCUAAACGACAGUUCUAUUUAAAUACAAAGAGAUAACUUCAA